UGCUCAGCAAAAAGAUCUUGAUUCCUUUUCUCCAUCUUCAAAGACAAGAUGAUUCUUCCAACAUCUUCAACUGGUAAAUCAUAUCCUGACAUCAAAGGAUAUCGCAUAGUUCAGCAAAUUGGAGGCGGUGGAUUCUCAAGAGUAUUCCGUGCCAUCAACCCAAAAGCAUCUGUUCACAAAGUAGCAGCGGUAAAGGUGGUAUCCUAUGCAAAACCAUCCUCUGCUGCAUCUCGUCAAAUUCAUCCUCCAGACCGUCAAGCAUUAAAAAAGGAAGUACAGAUACAUAAAGUCCUCAAGCAUCAACAUGUGUUAGAGUUCUUAGAAGCAGAAGAGUACCUCAAGGAAACUUCAUCAAAUCAUGUUCCAGGUUUGUACAUGGUUCUCGAAUAUGGCGCUGGUGGUGACCUGUUCGACAAGAUUGCUCCUGAUGUAGGUGUGAUGGAAGACUUGGCUCAUGUCUACUUCGUCCAGUUGAUGGGUGCAUUGGAAUAUAUCCACUCGCAAGGUGUGGCACAUCGUGAUAUCAAACCGGAAAACCUCUUAUUGGACGCAAAUGGAUUACUCAAAUUGGCCGAUUUUGGAUUGUGUAGUGUGUACAGGUACAAAGGAAAAGAGAGAGAAAUGAAAGGAGCUUGUGGCAGCUUGCCAUACAUUGCACCAGAGAUGAAUGGUCAACCAUAUCGAGGAGAGCCAGCAGAUGUUUGGAGCACAGGUGUGGUGUUAUUCGCUCUUCUUGUUGGAAAUACGCCUUGGGAUGAGCCAACGAGGCGAAGUGAGGAAUUCAUGGCGUACUUUAAUGGUCAAACAUACUAUCCUUGGACAAAGAUUGAAUCAGACGCUCUAUCUCUGCUGCAUGGAAUGCUUUGCGUUUAUCCACAGAAACGACUUUCGAUUGCUGAUAUCAAAAAGCACAAAUGGUAUCUUCGCGACAAUCCUUUUGUGCCAAGAGGUCAAGAUCCGGAUCCUGCAAGCUUGGCAGAAGGGUUAUUGCAGGGCUUGAUCGUUUCUGGCGAUCUUACAUAUCAAUUGCAUACAGACGGAAAGCGUGCCAAUGUCCCUGAUCACAUCUCUUUAACUCAACCAGAAGCAUUCGGAGCAGGAUUGGCAUUUGACUCUGCUCGUUUGCCGCCUUCAUCUGCUGUGCCUGCUCUUAAGACAUCAGAUCCCAUCAAGAUCGCAAUGUCUCAACAAAUCAGCGCACGUCGUAACAAUGUUCCUUCUGCAAGUAUUGAUGGACUGGGCAUGGCAGCAGGUGCGGCGUCUAGUCAAUUCACCCAAGCCAUGAAUCAUAUGACCCAAUGGUCAAGUCUUGCAGGCGGUGUGGCUCGGUUUUCUCCGCAUCUUACCCGUGCAUUCUGUAGUGGCUCGGCAGAUGUGGUGGCAAGGCAAAUCAUCGACCUUUUGGGCAACAUGUCCAUUACUCACAACGUUCGUCCAACGCGCUCAGAUCAAGAUGACGAUUUCUUUACAAACGAUGACCCAGCCAGUUCUCCCAUCGAUUCAAGCACGAUCGGAGAUGAUGCAAUGGACUUGGAUAUGGUUAGUGUGUAUGACGAAGAUCCAACUAUAACAAGAAGAGGCACAGCAAAGAAGAAUCUGACGAACGGUUGCACGAUUCGGGUUACAACAACGGAUAAUCGUAAAUGUGCCUUACGCGGAGAAAUUAUCAUCAAUCCUCUGUCGUCCAAUGCCCAACCUGGCAACAAUGCAAAGCAAGCAAAGACGUAUAUUUUGAUGCGAAAGAGCAAAGGAGACCCAUUGGAAUGGAGACGGCUCUUCCGUGCUCUUGUAACGGAUGAGAAAGUCAGGCCGAUGAUCGUUGCUGAUUGAGUUAUAAAAUUGAUAAUUAUAGUAAAAGAACAUCUUUCCUUUGUUGCAUUAUAUUUGUACAUUUUUAUCUCAUCGCAAUUCAACCUUU